UUUGGUGAUGUCCAAGGGGAUGAAGACCUCAGUAGAGUUAUAUAUCUUCUCCAACCAUACCCUGUAGAUUUCAGUUCAAGAAUGCUGUAUGCAAUUGCAACUUCUACUACUUCUCCUAUUGGUGAAAACAAAUUGACAUUUGCACACAGAAGUAGAGCUUUACAAUGUUUGAUCCAUUUAGCUGACACAGAGACUGUGGUGUUGCUUGUCAAAAAACCUAUGGACCAAGUAAAGUAUUAUCUGAAGUGCUGCAUUUACCUGUCAGAGUUUGAAAUCUUGAAUAUACCAUAUACCCUGGAAUCAUUUCACAGCAGUCCCAAAGAGGGGAUGAUUAAAGGCCUUUGGAAAAACCACAGCCAUGAAGCAAGGGUA